AUGAACAGUGAUCCAAGGCAACAUGAUCACAAUAAUAUUAUACAUAGGCUCGUAACUCAUAUAUUGGAUUCAGGGAUUGUGGUACGUUCAAUAAUUGUAGGAAUAGCAUUAGGAGCAUCUUUAAAUGUUAGCAUCAUUAAGCCUUUUAUAGGUGCAAUAUCUGUCCAUCAAUUGCUUGGAGGGAUUCGUCUUGGACAUUGCAUCUCAAAAGCAAAGUUUGAGCUGAAGAAAAUUUUGAUUAUGGUCAUAUUAAUUUCCCUCACAACACCUGUAGGAAUCAGAAUCGGUAUUGGGGUCGUAGAGAUUUACAAGGAGAAUGGCCGGACAAUAUUGAUGGUGUCUGGUUGUUUAAACGCUGCAGCUGCUGGAAUAUUAUUUUACAUGGCGACUUUUAGAAAAUACCCUGUCUAUACUCAUAGUAGUGUUGACAUGUUACUAGCUUGUUUUUCUGUCUUUUUGUUGUUGACAUUUAAACUAUUAAAGAGGAAGUACAUUUAA